UGUAAUCUUCUCAUUUUCGUCCUAACAUAAAAUUAUUUAUUCCUUUCAGGUAUAGACCAUCAUCUCUCUCUCAAAAAUCCAGCUCUGUGCUCUCUCAAGGCACAGCCUUCAAACCCCAGACCUUUUCCUGGAAACCAAACAUAAUCCCACGCACGCAAAAACCCUUUCCUCUCUACAAUCCCGCCCUCGAUUUUUGCUUUUUUAACGAUCCUGCCCCUCCUCCUCUUCCACCUCUUCUUCUCUCCCCCAAAUGCCUUCCCAUGGCCGCUUUGUUGCCCUUUGUCUCCAUUGCACCACGAGCUAGAUUCAAUUCCUAAUUCAUUCAUACUCUCUCAGCCUUUCUUCGCUCAAUCCUGCUGGAAUUACUGGUAAGGUUUUCCUCCUAUUGCUAGUCUUCAGGAAAUCAAGGUGAUUUUGUUGCUGCAUCUAGCGAGAGUUUGACACAACAACCAACCUUUUUAUUUGUUUUAAGCGUUCUUGAUGAAACUCAAGGUUUCAUCGCUGAAGUCAGGAGGGAUUUCUCCUCUUGAUUGUGCUAGUGAUCCUGAGGAGAAGGAAGUCAGUGAUGAGGAUGAUGAUGAUCGCAAUCACAAGCAUCGUAGAAGGGAGACACGUUCACAAUCUUUGGAGAGAGAUUCUCUGGAACCUGUUUUUACAAGGUCAUACAGGAAGCACCAUAAACCAUUUGGAAAUGGGCAUCCUUUCAGGGAGAAUGAAUCUCAAGGUAGUGAAACCUGGAAAAGCUAUAACACUGCUCCUCUAGAUAAAGACUUCACCUCAAAGUUUGAAAAGAGACACCCUGGAAUGGCAUCAUUUCCUCGAGUGGGUAUGGAGUUCAACCAAAGAAUUAGGCCAAACCAAACAUUUUCUGGAGAAUAUGGUCCUGGUAAGGGAAGAGGAAGGGACUCUGGUUCUUGGAAGCAGCGCGACUCUAGGUUCAGCUCAGCUGAUAUUGCUUCUCAAAUAGUUCAGCAAGGGUCAAUUACUCCUGGUCUCUUUGCAGGAAGAGGGUUGCCAAGUGUUCCACAUGCACAAAGUGCAUCAUGGAAUGCCUUUGGAUUGAUUCCAGGAAUACCCAAUGGUGGCCUUGAUGCACUUCAUUCCAUUGGUUUGCAAGGAACACUCAGGCCAGCAGUAAAUUCUUCAUUAAAUAUAGGCAUUGCCCGUCAGCAGUGCAGAGACUUUGAGGAGCGUGGCUUUUGUCUGAGAGGGGACAUGUGUCCAAUGGAGCAUGGUGUCAAUCGUAUUGUUGUUGAAGAUGUUCAGAGCCUUUCACAGUUCAAUCUCCCUGUUUCACUUCCAAAUGCACCUCUUGGGGGAACACCUGCUGGACCAGGGGCUUUAUCAUCACUUGGCGCUCCUUCAACCACAUUAAUGAAUAAAGGGCUACAUAGCAGAAAUAGCAAGCCUGGGAUGGUUGAUGAUGGUAUGGGCUUGAAUGGUGGAUAUUCUGGUUCUACUAGUGUGAGUGGAGCAGACUUGUAUGAUCCAGAUCAGCCACUGUGGAAUUACAAUGGUCCUGAAACAUCAAAUGCACUCUUAGCUCUACAUUCAUCCAAAAAUGAUGAAACUGAAUCCUUCAUGAGUGUUGACCCUUCUGACCAUCAUAAUGUUACUGACAAUGAGUGUGCAAUUAGAAUCACUGGGAAUCCUGUUGGUUCAAAGAGUACAGGUUCAUCUGUUUGGGGUAGAGUUGGUCUUGUGAAGAACAGAUUAGAUGUGAAGGAGAAAACUGAUUUGAGGGUGAUUAAAUCAGAUCAUGGGGAGAAUGAAAUGAAGGAAGAUCAUAAUACAGCCAAUGUUCAGGGUACUUUUGGUCAAGGAAAGCAGAUGAUUGCUGAGGAUGCUGGCCCCAAAACUUUGGAUUCAGCAACCAGGCUACAGAGUGAUGUCGUGCGUAAUACAAGGAAAUCAUCUCAAAAAGCACUACGCACGCUAUUUGUCAAUGGCGUUCCACAGAAAAACAACAGGAGAGACGCUCUUCUUUCUCAUUUUCAGAAGUUUGGGGAGGUUAUAGACAUUUAUAUCCCAGUAAAUAGUGAACGAGCUUUUGUUCAGUUUUCAAAAAGAGAAGAGGCAGAAGCUGCUCUAAGAGCACCUGAUGCUGUAAUGGGCAAUCGCUUUAUCAAACUGUGGUGGGCUAAUCGUGACAGCAUACCUGAUGAUGGCAUAAGCAGUAGCACUGGUGUAUCUGUAACUCCCCGUGGCAUGCCAGCUGGUUCAGUUCCUCCCCAACCAUCAGUUGUUAAAGGAAAAGAUAAUCUUCAUUCAGAUGUUCCUAAGGGUACAAUGGUCCCAACCACUAAUGUUUCUCUUCCUCCCACUGAUCAUCCUAAGCCAAUUUCGAAUGGUCCAAAGAUUCCACCUCCCGUGCAGAAAAAGCUCGAGUUAGAGCAAUUGAGGGAGGAACUUCGCAUGAAGCAACAGAUGCUGGACCAGAAACGAAAUAACUUCAGGCUCCAAUUGGACAAACUCGAGAAACAAGCUACAGGAGUCAAAGGUGAGGUAGUGGCUGAGCCUACCGCUAAGAGACAUAGAGUGGGAAUAGCUACUGACGUUGCAAAAACUACAACCCCAGGGUCCUCUGAUCCUGUCGCUGGUGUGCCUUCUCAACGUCCUGAGAUGAUAGCAGAUAAAAAUAAGUCGGUGGAAAAUGUCAUGUCAUCCAGUCCCAGAACAACUGCAUCAUUGAUGCAGCACGGCUCAACAGGCUCAAGGCAGACAAUUCGUUCAGUGGCACCUACUGGUGCUCCCUUUCUGAUGAAUAGAUACAAGUUGGAUAACCGACCCACAUCAUUUAGAAUCAUCCCACCCUUACCACCUGGGUUGACAAAUGUCGAUACCUUGAAGGAAUUCUUCUCAUCACAUGGCGAUCUUUCUGCUGUUGAGCUAGAAGAUGUUGAUGCCUGUAAUAAUGAUAUUGAUGGGUCAGAAAUGCCAAAAAAUUGUUCAGCCCGUGUGACUUUCACAACACGCCGAGCAGCUGAGAGGGCAUUUUUAAAUGGUAAAUGCUGGCAAGGCAAUAAUUUGAAGUUUACAUGGGUGACUUCUAGUACCUCCAGCAGUGACAUUUCCGUCAGAGAAAAUAUUCCAUCUGCCUCUCGGUGUACUGUAGAUUCUGAUGUUCAGCCUGCGGAAAGAUCAGUAUGCACUGGUUCUCAGGCUUCUGCAUCUGAAAACAGGGAACCUGAAACUUCAGAAGGAAAUGGUGGUGCUGAACAUAUGGAGUUGCAUGAAGUUUCCGAGUCAUGCCCAACUUCAAUGCCUGGUGAGGACUCCACAAAAUGUGAGAAUACAACAACAUCGACGUGCAGCCAAGAAGAGCCACCGAAACAAGAGCUCAGUUCAACUACGUCUGGGGAGAAUGAGUCAAGCGAUGCCUGUUGAUGAUGGAGCAAUUGUUGGAUUUGUACAGUGAGGUAAAAUAUUAAAACUUUUGAACUUUAAUUAUGAUGAGUCCUCCAUUUCAAAUUUCUGAAAUUUUAUUUUGCAAUAGUGUUUUUGUUUCAUGUACGGGAUGUAUAAAAAAAAAAGGGAAUUUUGUGAUUUUGGACUGCCACAUCCCAUGAUGGAUGGUUAGUCAAAUGGUAAAUUACGAUGUUUUUGAGGUUAGAUGCCUAGGAGUAAAGGACUAAAGUUGAAAGCAAUUGAAUUACACAACUCUGCAGAUUUCUUCCAUAAA